AUGCAUCAACAUUGGGCCUUAAGUCUGGGCCUGUUGGGCGUCGUCUUUCAGCUGCUGGGCCAUGAGGCCACGCCCAACGGCUACGGCGACCAUUACUACAACAAUGCGAGUGUCCGGCAGCUGCGCUUCCACGACUUCGAGCCGCGCGAGGAGAGUGUGGCCAGAGACGAGGGCGAGAGGCGUCAGGCACGCGGCUUUCACUUCAAUGCCAGCGGCGAGGAUGUCAGCGUCGAAAUGGAGUUCAUAAUUCCCAUGGUCAAGGUGCCCGUGAAGCGCAGCAUGCAGCUGGCCCGCGAUGCCGUCCAGGGUCUGCUCAAUCUGCGCACCACAGCGCUGCUCAACACGGCGCUCAUUGUGGCCGCCGGCGCGAUUGUAGCCGCAGUUGUACGCCUGGUGCUGGCGCCCCUGGUCCUUACCUCCAUCAGCAGUGCAAAUGGCUACGGCUAUGGCUAUGGGUACAGUGCCAAGCAACAGGAGAGCAGACGUGGCAUGCGUAGUCUGACGCAGCUGCUGGAGUCACAGCUGGACGAGCACAGCAUCGAUGUCUCCGUCUGUGCACAACGCGCCAUUUGCCACUACUUGCAGCAGAACCUUAGUUCCGGAAGCAUGCAGUUCCUAUAUUUGAUUAUAUCGUGCCUCAUCCUGUCCAGCUGGGUGGCAGGCGAGUCCGAAGAGACACAGCAUGAUGGUAGAGGCGCCACAACUUCGAGCAGCCACAAGCAGCAGAAAAACAAUCAAGGAUUCCGUCUCAUAUCCUUCGAUAGCGUUGACAAGGACCUGGCGCUGGGUCUGAACUAUCUGAUGCCAUUUGUGGAAGUGCCGAUCAAACGUAAACCCAAUGCACCGCCUCGACCACUGGUUAUCGUCAACUCCGCUGCCAUCCUGAGCUGUGGCCUGGUGGCCGCUGGCGGCUUCGCAGUGGGUCAUCUCAUACGCAGCAUGGGCCUGGAGACAAUAGUGCCGGCUGGCAAGAGCGAGGCUUCCGGUGAGCACGCAGAGCGCCGCCUGCUCGAUGAGGAGCAAAGUUUCCUGCAGCUCUUCGAUAACUUUAAGCUGAUUUAUCGCAAUGCCAGCGGCGAAAGAGUGGAGACCGGACUGCCCAGCCUGCUGAGCACCAUCGAACGCACCUUUCUGGAGAACGACAUCAAUCUGCCCGUGUGCCUGCUCAAAUCUAUUUGCACGCUGACCCACAGAGCGGGCGAGAGUGUGCGCAGUGGCCAGGCCUCUGACUUGGAGCUGAUGGUUGAUGGUGCCGCCAACUGGUCCUGGCUGCUCUCCUGGCUGGAGCAAUCGGCACUGCGUCAGGCCAUCGAAGCGGGCCGCAUAGACAAUCCCCACUACUGCACAUACAAAUAUCCGCAAUGCAAGUGGAAGGCGCCCGAGGAGCAGCUGCUCGAGCUGCUGCAGAAUAAUGUGCGAUUCAAGUGAGGUGAGCUCAGAUGGAGUUUGUAUGAAGUCUUAG